AUGUCACGGUCCUCCGGAUAAACAGAGAAAAGUUGUAGGAAGAGAGAGAGGGAAGGUAAAAAGUUCCAGAGGAGUCCUUCUUUCUGGUCUUGAAUGAAGUUCUUCUUUCGGGGGUUUAAUGGCGAAUCUACUUAGAAAUCGAAAGAGGGUUUUUCCUCUAUGUCGUGCUCCUGAUGGAAGUGCCUUUCAAAAAUGGUUUCUUCCUACAAACCCCCAUUACUGCUAACUGUUUAUUUCUUCUUUUGAUGGUUUUUGUUUUGUUUUCUUUUUAUUUUUGUAGUGAUUUGUGUGGGGUUUCAGUUGCAAUUGCCAUUUAUGAUAUGCAUGAAUGUAAGCUAAAACAAGGAACAAAAGGAGGAAAGACGAGAAACAAAAAAUGUGAAUCAUUUAGUAAGGAUUAUGAUCAAAGAAAGACUGUGAAGUGUGAAGAUGAUGGAAAUAAUCAAAAAAUUGAUGAUGGUGGAAAGGGUUUUUCUGACCAACCAAGAUCAGCUUUUUGCUUUUUCAUGGAGAGUUUACAAAAGAGUGAUUUUUUGGAUGUUGAUGGAAAAGUGUUUGAGAAAUGGAAGUGUAUGUCACUUAAGGAAAGAAGCCCUUUUGUCCUGGAAGCUGAAAAGGUGAAUUCAGCUCAUGAGAAUAUCUUACUUAAAGAGGUCCAGGUUGAACCACUGAUGGAUGAUGAGGCAGAUUCAGCAAUGGUCAAUCGAUACAAUAUGGUUUGUGACACUGGUGAGGACGAUGAUUUCUGGGGGCCUGGUGAGAUGUACCGUCUUCAUAGGGGAUACUCGUGUUCGUGGAUUAAUGAUUCAACUGUUGAUCUCGUGCUGAGUCAGUGAUUAGAAGGGGAAGGUCGUAUAUCAUCUGUUUUUCUUGUAAAUCUUGAGAAAAUAUGCUGAUCACGCUGUUGAGGCCCUGCUUAUUCGCACAAAGGCAAGUCAUGUGUCACUCUGGCUAUUGUAAAAGAAACAACUAACACUAGGAUUGUCUCUAAGUUCAAACCUUAGACAUGCAAUUUUCAUUUCUUUUUGGAGGGUAUUCUUGCAAAUGAAAAUCUUUUGGUAGAGCAUGAGGGCUAAUUGAAGGUAACAAAAGGAAUUGUUCUCCUUUGUAGACGCCUUCCUAUAUUUGUGCAAUUUUUGAGGGAAUUCAGUACCAUUUUGUCUAUAUAAUGAAGAACUACCCCUUUUUACAGCAUUAGCUAAACAA